AUGAGCGUACACGGCGUACCCCCCGACCAGGUGGCCCUGUACAAGCAGGUGUUUGAGAUCUUUGGGCCCCGCGUCCGUGGCUGUGCUCCCGACUUGCAGGACAAGGAUGGCACUGGCGAUAUUACCGCCGAUGAGCUCGGUCAGGUCAUGCGCGAGCUUGGGUUGAACCCAACCGACAAUGAGCUGAGGGAUUUGGUCAACGAGGCCGAUGUCAACAAUGACGGCGUUAUCUCCUUCGAAGAAUUCCUCAAGCUCAUGUCCCAUUCCGUGGAUGAACCGGACGCGGAGGAGGAACUGCUUAAUGCCUUCAGGGUGUUCGACAAGGACAACAGCGGCACCAUCUCAAGCGACGAGUUGCGCAGCGUGCUCAAGUCGCUGGGCGAGAACUUGACAGACGCCGAACUUGAGGAGAUGAUCCAGAUGGCGGACUCGGAUGGAAAUGGGACGAUUGAUUACCGUGAGUUUGCCAACAUCCUGAAAUGA